AUGGGCUUCACCACAGGAUUUACCGGCGGCGUAACGCUCACGCUCUCGGUGGCCUAUCUCACGGUCCUCGCGCACCAGCGCAACCGCCAGCGGCAGUGCGAUGUCCUGCGCGCCAACACGACCGUCCUGCGCGCGCUCGCGCUCGCCGACCCCAUUACGGCCGCGCGCCUCGCCACGCCCCAUGCCGCCGAGACGCCGGCCGACCUCUCGGCGGCGGCCGCCGCACAAGAAUUCUACUACCCGUCCAAGGCGGACACGCCGCGGCAGCCACGAUCGUCGUUUGUUGAGGAGCUGAAGACGCGGUGGAACGCGGAGGUUGAAGGCGCCGUGCGCAAGGUGCAAACGACCGACUGGGUGGAGGUGCGCGAGAACGCCGAGGGCCGGCUGGGCCAGAUCUGGCGGCAGACGUUUGGCGGCGAGGAGGCCGCCGCCACGGCCGCCGCCGCGACAGCCGCGGUCAAGGAACGUGCGGUGGCCGUCACAGAAAGCGUCAAGGCCGAGGCCAAGGACAUCCAGGCCACGGCCAUUGCGCAGGCCAACGAGGCGGCCGCGGUGGCCAAGAAGGCGGCCAGCCGCGCGGUCGACAAGGGCCGCGAAGUACUGGCCGCCGAGACGAGCAAGGCCCAGACGGCCGCGGCCCAGGCUGCGGGCCAGCUGUCGGAGGUGGAACUGGCGCUGCAGCAGCGCUACACCGGCGCGGCGGAGGAUGUGCGGAUGAAGAAAAGCUCCCCCUCGAGACCGCCCGAUUCGCGACGCACGACCACGCACGACAGCGACAGCGACUCUACCGACUGUGGUCAAUUGAUUGAUUGCGACGACAACUGGCCCAAACCGGACAAGAGACCACCGAAAAGAGAACAGCAUCCGCCUCGUGUUGUCACCACUCUUGGGGCGUUUCGUCACACAACGUUCAUCGCCCCCGCUCUCCGACUUGUUGGCCCUCACCCGCCAACGACGCGCAUCUUCCCCCCCUCUCCUCUCCACCGUCACAUCCACAGCCAUGUCUGCCUCGCUGCGGACAAGGGCCACAGCAGUGCUGCGAGGUCAGUCUUGUCCCACAUCGCCGCCCCUCGACGAUGCCCUGUUUCCAUUGACCCGCGCUGGCCGAGCAUAUCGAUAGUGGACAUCUACGUCCAUCGUUCCAAGCCAAUGCCCUUUGCCUCUAGCACGACCGCCCUGGUCCCUUUCCGCGCCGCCCCGGCCGCCACCUCCUUCCACACGACCUUCCCUUCCACCGCGCCGCUCUCGUCGUCCGCGCGCCAGAACAACGCUGCCGCCGUUGAGCAGCACCACUCACACGGUGCCACCGGCCUGGCGCGCCGUGAACGGAAAGAGGUGCCGCUGCCCAGCCAGGAAGGCACAAAGGGCCUCGUCCAAUACGCACUAACCACCCUCGACAUCAUUGCCAACUGGGGCCGCCAGUCGUCCUUCUGGCCCAUGACCUUUGGUCUCGCCUGCUGCGCCGUCGAGAUGAUGCACCUGUCCACCCCGCGCUACGACCAGGACCGCUACGGCAUCAUUUUUCGUGCCUCGCCGCGCCAGUCCGACGUCAUGAUCGUCGCCGGCACCCUCACCAACAAAAUGGCCCCCGCCCUGCGCCAGGUCUACGACCAGAUGCCCGAGCCCCGCUGGGUCAUCAGCAUGGGCUCCUGCGCCAACGGCGGCGGCUACUACCACUACAGCUACUCUGUCGUCCGCGGCUGCGACCGCAUCGUCCCCGUCGACGUCUACGUCCCCGGCUGCCCGCCCACCAGCGAGGCGCUCAUGUACGGCGUCUUCCAGCUGAUGCGCAAGCAGCGGAACACGAAGAUUACCCGCAUGUGGUACCGGAAGUAG